AUGCGUCCAGCUGGUCAAGGGAGCAUACUAGCCUUUCUGUCUGCCGAGGCACACCCUCGGGCAGCUGAGGCCCAUGCCAUGCUGACCCCAGAGAAGCCCUGCUGCAGAGAAUCCUCAGCUGACGGCGCCCAUGCCAAUUCCAGUGCUGUGUGUCAGGGCGUGUCCCUGUACAUUCCUCAGGCCACCAUCAAUGCCACCGUCAAAGAAGACAUCCUGCUCUCAGUUGAGUAUUCCUGUCACGGAGUGCCCACCAUCGAAUGGACAUAUUCGUCCAACUGGGGAACGCAAAAGAUCGUGGAGUGGAAACCAGGGACUCAGGCCAACAUCUCCCAAAGCCACAAGGACAGAGUCUGCACUUUCGACAAUGGCUCCAUCCAGCUCUUCAGUGUGGGAGUGAGGGAUUCCGGCUACUAUGUCAUCACCGUGACGGAACGCCUGGGGAGCAGCCAGUUUGGCACCAUCGUGCUGCACGUCUCUGAGAUCCUCUAUGAAGACCUGCACUUUGUCGCUGUCAUCCUUGCUUUUCUCGCUGCUGUGGCCGCAGUGUUAAUCAGCCUCAUGUGGGUUUGUAAUAAGUGUGCAUAUAAAUUUCAGAGGAAGAGAAGACACAAACUCAAAGAAAGCACAACUGAGGAGAUUGAGCUGGAAGAUGUUGAGUGUUAG